CCCAGGUGUCGCGGCCGGGGCGGGGGCGGAGGCGGUGAGAAGAUGGCGGCCAAGAGCGGCCGUAACGGGCUCCUGGACAAGUGGAAGAUUGAUGACAAGCCAGUAAAAAUUGACAAAUGGGAUGGUUCAGCUGUGAAAAAUUCCUUGGAUGACUCUGCCAAAAAGGUGCUCCUGGAGAAGUACAAAUAUGUGGAAAAUUUCCGUUUGAUCGACGGCCGCCUCAUCAUCUGCACAAUCUCUUGUCUCUUUGCCAUUGUCGCUUUGAUUUGGGAUUACUUGCACCCUUUUCCUGAAUCCAAACCGGUUCUUGCUUUUUGUGUUGUCUCGUAUUUUGUGAUGAUGGGAAUCCUGACCAUUUAUACCUCAUACAAGGAGAAGAGUAUUUUCCUGGUGGCUCACAGGAAGGACCCGGCGGGGAUGGAUCCCGACGAUGUCUGGCAGCUCUCCUCCAGCCUCAAACGGUUUGAUGACAAGUACACCCUGAAGCUGACAUUCAUCAGCGGGAAAACCAAACAGCAGAGGGAAGCCGAGUUCACCAAAUCCAUCGCCAAGUUCUUCGAUAACAACGGGACAUUAGUCAUGGAGGCCUACGAGCCCGAGGUGUCCAAGCUGCACGACAGCCUGGCCCUGGAGAGGAAAACAAAAUGAUUUCGGAGCCCACCCGCCUCCUGGGAGCCUGCUAAAUUAACACCAAUAAAGUCAAAUGGCAAAGAAA